GGGGGAUGAAGCUGAGGAUUUUGCUGCCACGUCCGUCUCGAGGACGUCGUCGACGUGGCCACAGUACUCAUUUGCGUGCCACCAGAAUUUAUAUUAAGGCUCAACUUUCAAUGGUCACCAUUGAGAUUGGAGUCACUGAGAUCGAAGAAGCGACCCCGUUAGAGACCAGGGGAAAAGGAAGGGAAAGGGGAGAGCUUUGAAGGGGGUCUCUUCCGUUCAGCAUCAGUGACCAUUGAGUGCUGCGCUUUAAUUAUAGGACAAUUGUUCAACAACGCCAAAAUAUCGAAUUACAACGCACGAGUAUAUUUUUAUCCAAGAUUCAAGAAUCGUUACCCUUGCCGUAUCAUCUUUUCAUCAAUCGUAUCAUGAAAUUACUCAAUCUCAAAUGGCUCACAAAAACUCGGGACGCACUGUCACAGUGCUGUGCUACCGAUUCGGCAUGAGCCUGAAUCGUACGCGGAAAUGUCUUUGUGAAUCGUCCCCAAGAGCACUCAGCGAGUUCUUGCAAGUUUUUCUAUUUUGAAACGACCUCAAAAAAAGAGAAGAAAGAGUAGCCACGAAAAUGGAAAAUUAUGCCAUCAUGUCUGCUGAUGCGGGUGUUGUACUGUCUCCUGUUCC